AUGUUCCUCAACACGGUGCUGGUGGUCCUGACGGACCUGGCGGCCCGGCUCCUUGGUAACACUGUUUUCCGGCAGCACUUCCACCUGCUGCUAUCUGCAGUGGUGAUGUUCAGUCCUGCACUCAGCUUCUGGGUCUCCCAGCACAGCAUCUUCGCCAAGAGAAGCCACUUUCUCUACAGGAUCUUCCUGCGCUCCGGCUGGGGCUGGACCUGCGUCUUUGUCGGUUCCUUCGUCUUCCUCCUCUCCUUCUCCAUCCGUCGUUCCCUCGCUCUCUCCAUCCGUCACCUCUCCAGGCUCGGGGUGGCUGGUGCACUGUGGUUUAUUUUCUGCAAGCUCCUGGACCAGCUGGAGAACGCCACAGGAAGCUGCUAUGAAUCUUUGAUCACUGACGCAGGAGAUACCAACGGCCAGCCUCUGCUGGUGCUACGAGAAGGGGAGAGCAAGUCUGAAUGCCUCAAAGCUGGGAUGUUGUGGAGAGGAUAUGAAGUUUCAGAGGAUGUCUUCCUUCUCUGUCUUUGCUGCCUGCUGUUGGCAGAGGAGAUGGCCGUGUUUGGUCCUUAUCUAAGUCUGGGCGGGAUCUCAGACGCUCCUCUGAGGAUCCUCUUCCUGUUCUGUGUUCUCCUGCUCGGACUCUGGAUCUUUCUUCUCUUCUGUCUCUUAGCUUACUUCCCUCAGUUCCCCACCCAGCUGCUGGGGGGCGCUCUAGGCUGUCUGAGCUGGAGGGGACUGUACCAGGGUUGGUACCGCCUGGGGCCCAGCUGGUACUGUCCCGGGAGGCCUGGAGUGGGACUGCUCAAGACCAAGACCGGCGGUGCUGAAGCUGAAGAUGCACAACUGAACCACGAUCACUACAAUUAACCGGAGAAACAAAAGAGCUUUAAACGGCUCUCAACGCUGCCUCAAAGAUGAAUUCA